AUGUACAUGCGAAAUCCCAAGAAUAAUGACCCCGAUUCCAGUCAUUAUAGCUUCCCUCUGGAUUUCAUGGUCAUUGUAGAUCUCUGCAAGAUGGAAGUGAUAAAAAUUAUUCGUCUGCCUUUGGGAUCGGACCAAACCGCCACUGCUAUUGGUUCGGCUGUGCCUCAUCGUCGGACCAACCCCGUCGAGCCAGAAUAUGAUCAUCGCUUGCAGAAAAACCCUCCUCGGACUACCCUAAAGCCCUACCAAGUAAUUCAGCCAGAAGGGGCGUCCUAUACAGUCAAUGGGUACUUGAUCGAAUGGGAGAAAUGGCGCUUCCGCGUUGGGUUCAAUUGGCGUGAAGGAAUGACCCUUCAUGAUGUGUCUUUCGAUGGAAAGAGCGCCUUCUAUCGCCUCUCACUUUCGGAAAUGUUUGUGCCAUACGGCGAUCCCCGUAACCCGGUUUAUCGAAAGGGUGCAUUUGACCUGGGAAACGUCGGUGCAGGUGUGACUGCAAACAACCUUCAAUUGGGCUGUGACUGCCUCGGCCUCAUCAAAUACCUUGACGGAUGUGUUGUCGCCAAAGAUGGAAGCCCUGCGCCUAGGCCGAAUGCUAUUUGCAUCCAUGAGAUUGAUAACGGCAUCCAGUGGAAGCAUACCAACCACCGAACUGGAAAGGCAACGGUAGUGAGAAAGCGGCAGCUUGUCUUGCAAACGAUCAUCACCGUGGCCAACUAUGAAUAUAUUUUCAUGUGGUACUUCGAUCAGUCGGGAGAACUCGCCUUCGAAACCCGUGCUACGGGUAUUCUCUCUACCCAGCCAAUCGACAAAGAUGCCAAGGUAGCCUGGGGCACCCGUGUUGCGGACGGAGUGAUGGCCCCGUAUCAUCAGCAUCUCUUCAACCUGCGUAUCGAUCCAGCCGUGGGCGGCCACAAGAAUAGUUUUGCGUCUACCGACACUGUUCCCCUUCCCUGGGACGAGGAUCUGAACCCCCUUGGUACCGGUUUUAUAACCCAACAGCAGAUACUUGAUCGGGCAGGAACUGUGGAGGACGACAUCUCGAAGGGAAGAGUCUUCAAAAUUUUGAACGAGAAUGUCCAAAACCCCGUGUCGUUGACUCCAAUUGGGUACAAACUCGUGCCUCAUCGCUCUCAAAUGCUGCUUGCUCGCCCUGGCUCCUGGCAUUCGCGCCGGUCGGAAUUCUGUGAGAGCCCGAUCUGGGUCACGAAGUACAAGGACCGUCAGCUGUUCCCAGCGGGUGACUACACGAAUCAAUCCCUUGGUGGUACUGGUAUCAAAUCAUGGAUUAGCGAAGCUCGAGACUCGGUCCGAAACGAUGAUAUUGUCAUCUGGCAUACUUACGGCUUCACUCAUAACCCGCGUGUAGAGGACUUCCCAGUUAUGCCGGCCGAAAUGGCACAGGUUCGGCUGAGCCCUUAUAAUUUCUGCCUUUUCAACCCAGCGAACGAUGUCCCUCCGUCCACACAGGCAUUCAACAAGAGUGUGGAGCUUACAGAGAAGCCCGCCAGCCAGAAUUCUUCCGGAUGCUGCUCCCAGCCUAAGAGCCACCUGUGA